AUGAACAAAACACCAGCAGUAGAGAAAGCUAUUCCCGUUAGCUACGAUUUGGGUAACUUGGCUGUUGCUGAUACGAACCCACUGGAUCUGGGCGACGACUUGGAGGAGUCUCUGACUGCUAAAUCCCGAGACAAUGUCCAGCUCCUGAUCAACCAGAUUCUUCAACUGCCUGUGAAAACCACCACCGCCAGCAUCAACUCCUCGGGAACCCAGGAUUCUACCAUGGUUUUGUUCCAGCUUCCCGAACCCGUGUGGAUGCUUCCCCGUGAAAAGCCUGUUCCCAAGGUCAAGGCCAAGACGAGAUGGGAAGAGUUUGCUGCCAAGAAGGGUAUCCAGAAGAAGGCCAAGGACGGCAAACUUGUUUACGACGAAGAGACCCAGAAAUGGGUUCCCAAGUGGGGCUAUGGUGGUAUCAAUAAGAAACUGGACGACCAAUGGCUUGUUGAGGUCGACGAAGACAAGGCUAAGCCUGGCGAGGAGUUGAUUGAUCCUCGCUCGCUGGCCCGCGCUGAACGCAAGAAGCUAGUCAAAAAGAACAUGCUGCAGCAGAAGCGAAAUGCCCAACGUGCCGCUGGGCGCUAA